ACCACGACCAUAAAAACGCGAUUAAGGGCCUUUUCGACCAUAAAAAUGUGAUUUCCCCAUUUCAGUUUUGAUCAUUUGUCACUUAUUAUUAAAACUGAAGAAAGAAUUGCAAGAUUCUUUUGCCCAAAUAAUCAGUCUUCACGAUGCGUCACAAAGCAGGUACUCAAAUGGCAAAAUCAUUCGACGCCCAAAAAUACCUAAAGAAAAUCGGACUAGGUAAAGAAGAUUAUCACUUCUGGAAGCAAGUAGGCAAAGCAUUACUCUGUACCUACACUCUCUUCGGCGUUGCUUGGGUAUGGAACGAGACUUCACCGUUAGGUUGGUGGACAUUAAAGCCAAGGCCAAAGGAGGAAAAGGAACUAGCACAUCUAUACGAGCGCAGGAAGUUUCCGUAUCCAGGUGAUGAGAAGGCGAUGGAGGAGUUUGUUGCUAAAGGUGGAAUGAUUGGUACUACUAUUGGUCCUAAGGGGAUUAUUGAAUCGGAUAAGGAUUCGUAUAAUUAUCAGAAAGUGUUACAAGAUAAGAAAGUUGACCAGGAAGCGUUUAAGCUGUGGACGAGGAUGAGGAACGAGGUUAUUACGGAGCUGCAAGAGAAAGGGUUUGAUGUAGAGUGAGUUAAUUUAGUUAAUUACUGUUAUCGGAUUCGAUAAUUUCGUGUGUUUAUACCUGAGUUGCGUAUUUUAGGCCGUGCAAAUUUACUAUGUAUUGUGAAUUUUGUAGUUGGUUGUUUUAUUGUGGGGAAUUAUGGAAUAAUACCCGCUUUGUGGGACUACAUUGGGUGUGUUCUUGCUGUUGUUGUUUUAACUAUUUUGAAGAAUCUUAGUAGCUCACCGAGCUUUCACCUUGUUCAUGGGUGAGGGUUCGAUUCUCCACCUAGUAAUCCCUUUCCACGCCCCGAUUUUUUGUUUUUAAUAAAAGGUUUUAACUAUUUUAGCUCAAUCAAGUGUUAUCUCGGCUGUAAUGGACCUUUUCUAUUUAUCCUACUUUAAUUUACAGAAUGUAAUUGAGUAUUCA